AUGGUUACUCAUCCUUUUGAUGCCAUCAGCGACGCCGAAAUCCGGCUUACCUCCAAGGUGAUCAAGGACUCCCUCGGUGCUACGCAAAAGCCUCAUUUUUGCCAGAUCGACAGACUGGACCCACCGAAGAAGGAUAUGAUCAGAUACUUGGAGGCUGAGAAAGCCGGGAAGCCACUUCCUCAGAUCUCCAGAAUCACCUACGCAUACUUUUAUCUGGGAACCGACUUUUACAAGUCUCUUGUCAAUUGCACCUACGGCCACGUAAUUACCACUCAGAAGCAGCCAGAAGGAGUCGUUGGCCCGCUGGUCUGGGAGGAUGUCGCAGCAAUAGAGGAUCUGUUGAAUGUGCACCCAUUGGUGCAAGCGGAAAUCAAGAAGCUGAGGUUGCCACCAUCCAUCAAGGUGGUUUGUGAUCCAUGGAUCUACGGAACAGACGACCCUAAGGAAAAAAGACUUUUGAUUCAGUGCUACAUGUACUUGGCGAAUGCUUCGCACCCCGAGUCGAACCAUUAUUCUCUGCCGCUUAAGUUUUCACCUGUCUUUGAGUGCUUGACCAGGAAGUUUGUGAGAAUGGACUAUUUGCCUUCCGGAGUUGACGAGAAGUUUGUCACCGAGACUCAGCCUUGGACCAAAUUCCCGUUCGUUGAAUACCAUCCAGAUCUCAAUGGCGAGACCCCAAGACCGCUGAAGCCAUUGGUUGUUCAGCAGCCCGAGGGCCCAUCGUUCAAAAUAGAAGGCUCAAAAAUUUGGUGGCAAGGAUGGGAGUUCUACGUGGUGCCAACUGCCAGAGAGGGAUUUGCGAUUUACGACGUCCACUUCAAGGGAAGAUCGGUUAUCUACAGAUUGUCCCUUUCGGAGAUGACAGUGCCAUAUGGAGAUCCAAGACCACCGUACCACAGAAAGCAGGCGUUUGAUUUGGGAGAUUCCGGCUUUGGAACCACUGGCAACACUCUUAAGCUCGGCUGCGACUGUCUGGGCGUUAUCAAAUAUCUGGACUGUUCCGUCACGGACUCGAAAGGACAGCCGAAACUAGUCCCAAGCACCGUUUGCUUGCAUGAACAGGAUGGCGGUUUGCUCUACAAACACAUGAACUAUAGAACUGGCGGUGCUGUCACGGCCAGAAGAAGAGAGUUUGUUGCUCAGACCAUCGCAACGGUUGCCAAUUACGAAUACGUUCUCAACAUUAUUUUCGAUCAAGCCGGAGAGAUCAGAAUCCACGUCAGAGCUACAGGUAUUUUGUCCACCAUGCCAAUUGAAGAAGGACUCACCGUGCCUUGGGGUACCAACGUUGGACCUAUGGUGAUGGCUGCUUACCACCAGCACCUGCUGUCAUUCAGAAUCGAUCCUGCUGUGGAUGGUUACCAAAAUACUGUCGUAUUCGACGAUGUUGAAAAAAUGCCAGCCGGAACCAACAUAAACCCUUACGGUGUUGGCUUUGUGACGAAAAGGUCAUUCGUUGAGAAACCAGGUUAUGUCGAACAGUCGCCGUUCACCAACAGAUCCUACAAGAUCAUCAACGAGAAUAAGAUUAAUCCAAUCUCCAAGAGGCCUGUGGCGUACAAGGUUGUGAUGCCUGCCAGACAAAUGCUUCUCGCUGACGAAAACUCUUACAAUAACAAGAGAGCACAUUUUGCUACCCAGCAAGUCUGGGUUACAAAGUAUAGGGACAACGAGCUGUUUGCUGCCGGCGAGUUCACUAACCAGUCACAAAAUGACACCGGUCUUAAGAAGUGGGCCUACAGGGACGAGAACGUCAGAAACGACGACCCAGUGGUUUGGGCCACUCUCGGGUUCACUCAUAUUCCUAGAGUUGAAGAUUUCCCCGUCAUGCCUGUGGAGACUCAUGAGAUUGCUAUUGUGCCAAAUGAUUUCUUCGAUAAGAACCCAGCUUUGGACGUCCCACAGUCCACUCAGAGCUUCAACAAAUCUGAGUACUACCCGGAAGCCUCGUCAGAAGGAAGUUGCUGCAAAUCUAGUUUAUAA